AAUUGCGCAACUCGAAGGCUUUGGGGAUGUUCCCCGCCCGGGCCGCCCCGGUUUUCGAUUGAAGGGCCCCUCCGUCAGUCAGUUUGCGGUGUCCGAACAGGUUACGGACAACGACCUCCCGACAAUUCCUAGGGCAUCCAAUUCAUCUUCUUUCUUUCUUUCUUUCUUUCUUUCUUUCUUUCUCUGUUUUGCUGCUGAUCUCGCAUCCAGAGGAAUUCUUCUUGUUCAGGGUCAUCAGACGAGAGAUCUUCCUCUCAAAACCUCCGACUCCGAGAAAAACGCCAGUGCUGAUCAAUAGAGGGAUUGGAUAGGCUAUUUAUGUGGUGUACGCUUUUGUCCGCAUGGAGGGUUUACCGAGGGUUUAGCAAUUUAAUCAGUAUAAGUUGGGCCCAAUUCUCAAAAUAAGCCCACAUUUGUGUUAAACCUUGGAUGUAUUCUUCCCUAGACAACUGCUUCAACCGCUAUCUUCCCUAAAGCAUACUUUCUCUGGCCUCUCCUGCUUCAGCUUCAACUGCCAAUAGAUCCGUUCUUUACCCUCUCAAUCAUUCACCAUUUUAAGUCUUAAAAGAUUGACAUUUUGUAUUCAUGGGAAGGCCUUACCCUUGGAGUGGAAAUUCUUCCGAUGAUGAAGAAUCAGAUGAAGAAACCCAUUCCGAGUGUAGCUCUUCUUCUGAUGAUGACGAUUCUGCAGUGCGGACAACAGGUGGCAGCGGCAUGAAGAGGAAGAAAUUGUGGUGGAACCCGGUGACUCCAGAAGCAGAAUGUUGCCCUGACUCCAUCACUGAGUACCUAAACACGCCACUAUCAAAGCGCAGGAAAUCUGAGGAGUUGAAUUUAAAAGUAAAGAGGCAUCUCUCAUAUUCAGGCUGGUCCAUUAACUCAUUUAAGACUCCUAAUAAUGGACAUCGAGUGCGUUAUGUUUCUCCUGAAGGGAAAACUUACAUGUCCCUCACCCAGAUAUGUCACCAGCUCAUCAUAAACCCUAAUAAUAACAAUAAUCAUGAAUGCCCAUCUGGAUCUGUUUCUUCAGUUUCUAUGGUUGUUGAUCCUAUACCAGUGAUUAAGCCUCAAGCAUGUAGAAAGUUAUCUGUCUCUCCUCCAACAGUUGUGGGGCAUUCUGGUGAGCCUUCACAAUAUCUUAAGGCAGUAACUGAUUAUUUGCUUUUGGGUAAAAAGAAUACCAAAGAUCCUAAAACAAAGGCACUCAAGUCAGAAGCUAAGGAGAAUGCCCGGAAGCAUCUGGUUCAAUGUAAAUGGGAAUUGUUUAAAGUCUCCAAAAAGGACAAAAUGGAACUACGUUACAAGUCACCCACUGGCAAAGUCUUUAUCUCUCUUUUCACUGCAUGUGAAUGGUAUACCCAACAAAUAAAUCCAGAAGGCAUGAGGUAUCUGGAAAGCAUUGUUGAAUCAAAGGAUGCAGAAGAGAAAAAAGAACAAGUAGAACCAGAAGAGGAGGAAAUAAUUUUUGGAAUAGGUAAAUUCCGAAAGAAAUUAAAGCUUUGCUUGGAUGAAUCCAAGAGUGGUGGUUCAAAUGAAGAUUCUAAUAUCCGGCCUUUAGUAUCAUCCUCUAAAAGAGAGAGGCGCAAUGGUUUGGCAUGGUUAGUGGAGAACAAUGUGGUUCUUCUUGAAUCGAAGGUGCAAUACAGGAAGAAGGAUGGAAGUGUGUUGAAGAGUGGGAAAAUUUCCCGUGAUGGCAUACUAUGUGAUUGUUGCCAGCUGGUUUAUGGACUCAGCAGCUUUGAAGCUCAUGCAGGUGCCACAUAUCACAGACCUUCAGCAUUUAUUUUCCUGGAAGAUGGAAGGUCGAUAUCUGAGUGUCAGUUAGAGCUGAAACGCAAAGGGGACAACCUUAAUAAGAGCUCCAACUUUAUAGAACACGACCUUAUAUGCUCCAUCUGUCACGAUGGUGGUGAAUUACUUCUUUGUGAUAAGUGCCCUUCUGCGUUUCAUACUAUUUGCCUUGGUCUAAAGGAGGUUCCACAUGGAGACUGGUUCUGCACAUUUUGCUCUUGUGGAAUUUGUCAUCAGAGUGGAUUUGAUGAGAAUGAUAAAAACCAGUUGACAGAGAAUAGUCCUCUUUGUUGUUAUCAGUGUCAAUUCCAAUAUCAUGUUAGGUGCCAUAAAAGUAGGUGUUUAAUUGAUCUGGACAUCCCGCCUCAAGGAAAGUGGUUUUGCAACUACAAAUGCCAACAUAUAUUUGCAGGGCUUGAUCAACAGCUCGGAAAGCCGAUUGCAGUGGAUUCAGAUAAUCUAAAAUGGACAUUACUGAACUCUGGAGAUGAUGAGAAUCAUAAGAAGCUUAGAGCUGCUCUUGAUGUUAUGCACGAGUGUUUCGAGCCUGUAAGGGAACAUCUAACUCAGAGUGAUCUUCUUGAAGAUGUCAUAUUCAGUAGACGCUCUGUGUUACGCCGAAUAAAUUUUCAAGGGUUCUAUACUGCGAUCUUGGAAAGAAACAAUGAAAUUGUUACGGUGGCUACAAUUAGGGUUCACGGAGAAAAGGUAGCUGAGAUCCCAUUCGUUGCUACACUUUCCAAAUAUCGGGGACUUGGAAUGUGUCGCAUUGUAAUGAACCAAUUAGAGAAGAAACUUUUGGAAUUAGGAGUGCAGAGGUUAGUAUUGCAGGCCAUUUCAGGAGCAUUGGAGACAUGGACUGGUUCGUUUGGCUUCUCGUUGAUGAUGGAAGAGGAUAGAUUGAAGUUCUCAGACACCAAUUUGCUUAGCUUCUAUGGUACAGUGAUGUGCCAGAAGAUGUUAUCGAACAAAGACACCUCCACAGAAUCAAAUCAAUGUGCCCCAGAUGAGGUGGAUGGUGUUAUUGGUCUACCAGUUUCAAGAGCUUCUCAGCCUGAUGAAGAAAUAUAUGGUAACAUGUGUUUUGAAGGUCAAGAGCGAGAAGAGUUCAUUGAUUCACUGUUUGUCUUAAACUCUAGCUAGUAGCAUGGGUGACAAUUUAGAGUAUUUUCACAUUCUUUUAUUUGGUCUAGCAGGAGAAGUAGUGCAGGACUUAGGAUCAAUUGUGAAUGAACCAAGAAGCAUUUGUUUUGCAAAUAUUAAAGCAGUCACUUGGUAUAUAGUCUAAUAGGUAAAAAUGCUAAAGUACUCCGUACUGCAGAUAUAUUAUUCCUAACCAGCACAAAACUUGGGUAAGUUAGUUUCG